AUGUUUUUCAUUUACUUUCAAGGGUUGAUAGCAAUACUAUGGAGCAGUGUUGUGGCCACUAGCUCUUUUUGUAAUGUCGAUAACUUCGACUCCCAUGCGGAGCAUCUCUUGAGGAACGAAAUGCUAACGCCAAUAGAAAUGGCGAACUUCUCUUAUGUGUUCCACGAUCUUCAAGGAACUCUGCAAACGAUAUGGCCAGGUAGUGAAGUCGUCCCUCUUGGCUCGUUCGUGACUGGUUUGGCUACGAAGUCGAGUGACGCCGACUGCAUGGUAAAAAUGCCACAUGACCACAACCUGACAUCUGUUACAAAUCUUGUUCUUGAAGCCGCGCAUCUACUAAGCCUUCACCCGCUCCUAUAUGAGAAUGUGAUUUCAAAAAUUGACGCUAAAAGGAGAAUACCCCUUCUGAAGUUCAUUUAUGUACCAACAAAACGAAACUGUGACGUUAACUUCAUAAGCAACAUUGGUUUGCAAAACAGCUUAAUGAUGGGUUACUAUUUAAACUUAGAAAAAAAGUUUUUGUCCCUCGCGGCAAUAUUAAAGCUCUGGUCCAAAGUACAUCGGUUACGAAGCACAGACACGCUAGCUAGCAACACUUUGAAUUUGUUAAUUAUUUUCUAUUUGCAACAAAAUAAUCUUGCGCCACCAUUCCAUCUGUUACAAAAACAUUUAUUAACUUAUCCGAUGACUGAUUGGGUGACUAGUUUUAAGACAGUAUCUUACAAUUCCACAACAAAGGUGAGCCUAUAUCAACUCUUAGGAGGAUUUUUCAAAUAUUAUAGUACUUUCAACUUUGAAGAGUACAUUGUUUCACCUCUCCUCGGUUAUCCGUUAGCAAGGAAAGCGUUUGAAGACGUCAACAGUCUUCCUAAAGAAAUGUUUCUGUACAAGAAUUACGUGAGGAAACCUGACAGUAAGCCACUGAUAUUGAACACGACGUUAUGCAUACAAGACGCUAUAGAACAACGCAGGAACACGGCAGCAGAAGUGUCAGAGAAUAACGCUAUUAUCUUUAUGUCACAUGUAAGAUUCGCCGCAAGAAUGUUUGAUGUUCUCCCAAAAGAAAUGUUUCUAAAAGUACUCCUUGACACAAAUGUCUCCAAGUUUUUCAGCAAAAAAAUGUUCAAAAAUAAGCUUUCUUCAUUAAGAUAG